UUGUAUACUGACACUCGUAAAACAAUAUCAAGUUAAUGCAAACAAGAUAAAAAGGAAGAACGAUUACCAUACAAUACCUUCAGGUUCCUGGCAUUCGAUCGCUGCAGAAGUUCAAAAGUUAUACCCUGGUCACAUAGGGGGAAUUGAAACAGGAACUAGAUCCGAUACACAAUAUAACCCCAUCGGGGCGAUCAUCAAUCGGUUCUGAGGUGUGGCUGCGGAUCAUAAGCGGAAUAGCUGGGAUCAAACUUCAAAUCACCACAGAUUAUUCUUCCUCGAUCAGUCGCUCUUUGAAGUCUUACUGGCAUAUACCAGAUUUUGUCAACAAAUUUUCUCCAUAUUGAAACAGAGAAUGCAUAGGAUCAUGUUGAAUUGGUUCAUGCUCGUUGUCGGGCUCGUCUUCAGCGCGAGUGCGUUCAACAACCCUCUCCGCCAAGAACACCGUGGUCAUCAUCGUCAUCGUUUUGGUGUGGAACAGGUCCAACUCCAAGACAUUGUUUACGAGACCCCUAAUGACCAGGUUACCCGUUUUGAACCAGCCACUGAAUGCAACGUGACGGGUAAAUGGUACAACAGCCUCGGUUCCGAAAUCAUCCUUAAUGUUGAUAGAGAAACAGGUCACGUGACAGGCGAAUUCAGGACUGCCGUGGAGAGAAGACCCGGAGCUGCUGGUUCUGGCCCUGGACGUGUCUCGGGGUGGACUUCCAUGGACGGAUCCCACAAUGCAGUUGCCUUCUCAGUCCUCUGGAGUAACGGUGCUUCGGCCACAGCCUGGACAGGUCUGUGCCAUGUUUGCCAAGGUCAAGAAAUCAUGAAGACCACCUGGAUCUUGACCAGUGAGGUCGACACCUGCGAGGAGCAUUGGUCAUCCAACAGAAUCGGACAGGAUGAUUUCACUCGUAUGGAAAUGGCCCCGGGUCCCCGUCAACAUCUGGGCCUCAAUACUCCUUCAGACUUCACAGAGGCAGCCGAGAGAUUUAGAGAGGGCAUCCUUUCUCAAAAUAGACAGGGCGUUUAAAAUGGCAUUUCAAUGCGCAUAUACACGGACCGAGAAGUCCAUUAUUCAAUUGCAAGGGUUACCAAGAAGUAUUUUUCGAAUUAAAAAAAACACACAGAUUAUAAUCGUUCGCCCUGUUAAGCCCUUAACAUGGUUAGGGUGAUCUGUCUGUCCCUAUCGUUCUGCUCUCGUACUCACAAUCUUGUAAUGGUGCAGGGAGCUAACCAUCAGGUAUAUUACAAUUAUGUAUCGAGUAAUAUCAUAUUUGAUAACACUACGAUUGUAACAUUCAUCCAAUAAAUUUAGAUUUGUAAAUUUCA